AUGAACUUCUUCUUUAACUGUACAUCUUGUAAUUGUAAAUUUAACUUUCAAGAGUCAUAUUGUAAAUAUUGUUUAACGAGGUAUGUCUGCAUAGUAGAUAGAUAUAAAAGAAAUGAAAAGAUAUCAAAUAUAGAAGCAAAGCGAUUUCAUAUUGAUCAAUUGAAACAAAGAAUUGAAUCUAUGAAAAAUAAUAUAGAAAAUGAAAAUAAAUUAUUAGAUGUAAAGAAGAAAUAUUUGGUUACAAGAAGAAAUAUAUUAAAAAAGAACAAACAAUCAUUUGAAGAAAAUGAUACAACUGAAGUUGACAAGUUACCAAAUACAAUUGAACAACUGAAAUUAGAUUUAAACGACAAAAUCCUCCAACAAAAGUAUCCAAAAGAUGUGGUAGCGGCAACAUUGGGAUACACUGUAAAAUUAAUUGAAAUGAUAUCUAUUAUAUUGGGAGUAGUAUUACCUCAUAGAAUGAAAUUUAUAGGAUCUAAAUCUGUUAUUCAAAAUGUAGAUACUCCUACACAUAGGAUUAAACCUGCUGGUGGUGGUGGUAUUGGUGGUUCGUUGGGAUCAAUGUCAUCAACGUCGACGACAUCAGCUACUAAUUUAUUAUUGGUUUCUGGUGGAAAUACAGGUUCACAAUCAUUACCUUCUUCUGUUGGUAGUGGUGGUAUACCCAAUACCACAUCCUCUACAACUACAGUCUCCACCAUUAAACAAGAUAAACAAUUGGAAAAGAAGCAAGAUAAACAAGAGAAAUCACAACAACAGGAUAAACAACAACCAUUUUUACCUUUAUACUUUAACAAUAAGGUAAAAUCUAAAGAUUAUCAAAAAGCAUUGUAUUUGCUUGGUGAGAAUAUUGCCUAUCUCAGAUUUCAACAGGGAUUAUUGACCCCCAAAGAAUCACAUUCCUACUUUCUUCAAAAUAUAAUGGAAUUGAUCAAUUCAAGUAACCUUGGCAAGAAUGGACCAUUUACCUAUGAGAAAGGACUAGACUCUGCACAUUCACCAACAUCAUCGUCUAUGAUCUAUACCAACAUUAUUGAUGACGAAGAAUCAAAAGAAGACUGGGAAAUCAUUAAUUUCCUUCCACCACCUCCCAACAAUACAGAAGAUAUUGAACAUAUGGAAAGAAUAUUAAAUGAUAUUGUUGAAUAA